AUGUCGGCGACGUCUUCGGUAUUCAACUUUCGCUACGAGAACGGCAGACGGUAUCAUGCGUAUGCCGAGGGACAGUAUCCGGUGCCCAAUGAUGAGGUGGAAGCGGACCGAUUGGAUCUACAGCACCACGCCUUCAGACUCACACUCGACGGCAAACUUUAUCGAGCGCCAAUCCCCAAAGAUGUGCAAAAUGUGCUCGACGUGGGAUGUGGAACUGGCAUCUGGUCUAUUGAGUUCGCUGAUGAGCAUCCGUCCGCUCGCGUCCUUGGCACGGAUCUGAGUCCCAUACAACCCGCUCAAGUGCCUCCAAACUGUGAAUUCCUAAUCGAUGACUGCGAGCAAGACUGGAUCUUCCAUGAUCAAUUCGACUACAUCCAUACGCGGGCCAUGGUCGCAGCCAUCAAAGACUGGGACCGUUUCUUCGCGCAGGCGUACGCCAACCUCAAGCCAGGAGGCUACCUCGAAUGCCAAGACCUUGCCUUUCCCAUCAGAUGCAUGGAUCCGGAUGUGACUGCUGAGAACUCACCUCUAAUUCGCUGGUCAGAGUACUUUCUCGACGCCGCAAAGAAGAUUGGUCUCGAUGGCACCAGUCCAAGACACUUCACACCGCAGAUUCGUAAUGCCGGCUUCAAAAGUAUCAACUACAAGAACUACAAGUGGCCUGUAGGGAAGUGGGCAAAAGGCGCGAGAUUCAAGCUCCUAGGUCGCUUCGUGUAUGAAGAUCUGAUGGACUGGCUACCGAGUAGUUCACUAGGGCUCUUCACGCGCGUGCUGAAGUGGUCGAGGGAGGAAGUGGAAGUCUUUCUCUCAGAAUGCAGAGCGGAGGCCAAGAGGAAAGACCGGCAUUUCUACGCUGAUGUAUUCUUCUAUCAUGCCCGCAAACCCGAAGGCGCAAACGCGUCCAGCUCAGCAGAAGAUGACGUGGAAUGGGAGGAGUCGAUAGACCGUGAUGAAGAAGAUGAAGGCCACCACGCAAGAACGCCCUCAACAAACACAACCUCUACCCCACCCGUCCCUCUACCAACCACAACCGACGCGACACAAGCUACAGUCGACCAAUUGGCCGCUGUUGCUACCAAACAAGACCCUCCUGCAGCCGACGUCGCCGACUCAACUCCUCAAACUCCAUUUCAGUAG